AUGUCAAAAAAUACAGACAACGACAAAGCAACACCUAAAAAAGUUACUGAGAAAAGCACUCCAAUUAUCACCAAGUCAGAACCAGAUAAAACUGUUGAAAAAACUUCAGACGACAGUGAAAUUGAUCUUGUUGAAGUAUACAAAAGACACAAAGAGUUUUUAGCCAAACAUGUGGUUAACAGACGCAAGUUGAAACAAGAAGAAUCUAACGAACCAUUGCUUACAAAAGACAAGACGCGUCAUACCAUAUAUCCUAUUAAGUAUCCGGAGUUAUGGCAAUUCUACAAAAAGUCGUUGGCCUCGUUUUGGACAGCUGAAGAGCUUGACUUAAGUAAAGAUUUGGCCGACUGGAACAAUAAAAUGAACGAAAAUGAAAGAUUUUUCAUCUCCCGAGUGUUGGCAUUCUUUGCUGCCUCGGAUGGUAUUGUCAAUGAGAACUUGGUGGAAAAUUUCUGUGCUGAAGUACAAAUACCAGAGGCUCAACUGGUAUACAAGUUUCAGAUCAUGAUGGAAAACAUCCAUUCAGAGACUUAUUCGUUGUUAAUCGAAACAUACUUCAAGGACCCAGAAGAAGCGGACUUUUUGUUUAAUGCUAUUGAAAAUAUCCCAUUCAUCAGAGAAAAAGCCGAUUGGGCCAUCAGGUGGAUUCAAGACGAGGAUGCUUUGUAUGCUGAGAGAUUGGUUGCGUUUGCUGCCGUUGAAGGUAUAUUUUUCAGUGGUUCGUUUGCAGCAAUUUUCUGGUUAAAGAAAAGGGGGUUGAUGCCAGGAUUGACAUUUUCGAAUGAAUUGAUUUGCCGAGACGAAGGGAUUCACACGGAUUAUGCCUGUUUGUUAUUCUCGUAUUUAAAGAAUAAACCUUCUCCAGAAAUCAUUGAGAAAAUCAUUACCGAGGCUGUGACUAUUGAGAAAAAAUAUUUCAGCGAUGCGCUUCCAGUAUCUUUAUUGGGAAUGAAUUGUGACUUGAUGUGCCAGUAUGUUGAAUUUGUUGCUGAUCGAUUAUUAGUGGCCUUUGGAAAUAAAAAGUAUUACAAUGUUACUAAUCCAUUUGAUUUUAUGGAAAAUAUCUCAUUGGCUGGUAAAACUAAUUUCUUUGAAAAGAGAGUUUCUGAUUACCAAAAGGCCGGUGUAAUGGAAAAAGUAGACAAGCAGAACGAAGAGACUGGAUUGUUUGACCAAGAUUUCUAA